UCACCCAUAAUGCGCCUCACCGGCAGGGUUAAAUCUGGAUUUAAACGGCUAAAGGAUCAGACUUAUGUGAAACAGUCGUGAAAACACCCCUGCGUAGCUGGAUUUUUCGCUUUUUGUACGUCUGUUUGAUUUUUAAGAUUAUUAUGUAGUUACCGAACCGCCCAAUGCGGAGUUUUUCGGGCAGAGCGUUGAGUUUUGUUAUGACUUCGCCGCUUUUUGUCAGUUAGCGCCGCUAUGCUAGCCGAGCUAACUCGUUGCUAACACAGCUCCAGAAGUCGUGUGGUGAGUUUGAGCAGUUAACUUUUAAAAUGUCCUCAACGAAGAUGAUUUAACUCCGCCGGUUUGUCUCAGAGAUGCGUUGUGUGUUUUGUUAACUGGAAAAACGCAGCUGUUAAACGGUUCUCAAGCUGAGUUGAGUUGAGUCCCGGUGAGGACACCAUGACGCUCGCCCCGAAGGAGCUGACCAACUUGCUGAGCAUCAUCUCGGAGGAGGCCUGCACCAACACCUUUGAGAGCCUCUCCACCCACUUCCACCACUACUUCGGGAAGGCGGAACACUUCAGGGUGGGCUCGGUGCUGGUCAUGCUCCUCCAGCAGCCCGACCUGCUGCCCAGCUCCCCGCAGCGGCUCACCGCCCUCUACCUGCUCUGGGAGAUGUACCGCACCGAGCCGCUGGCCGCCAACCCGUUCGCCGCAGUGUUCGCCCACCUGCUGAACCCCGCACCGGCCGGAGAGGAGCCGGAGAAGGUGCUGUCAGGCUUCCUUCCUCCCAUCACCCAACCAGAGAAGUUCUUCUUGUCCCAGCUGAUGUUGGCGCCGCCCAGAGAUCUGUUCAAGAAGACGCCCAGACAGGUUUCCUGCAUGGACGUCAGCAACAUGCCUCAGACUAUAGACAUCAGUGGGCUGCAGCUGGCGUUAGCAGAGCGUCAGUCCGAGCUGCCGACUCAGAGUAAAGCCAGCUUCCCCAGCAUCCUGAACGACCCCGACCCAGACUCCUCCAACUCCGGCUUUGACAGCUCUGUGGCCAAUCAGAUCACAGAGUCUCUGGUCACAGGACCCAGGCCUCCUCUGGAGAGUCACUUCCGGCCCGAGUUCAUCCGGCCGCCGCCUCCUCUCCACGUCUGUGAGGACGAGCUGGCGUGGCUGAACCCGACCGAGCCGGACCACAGCAUCCAGUGGGACCGGUCCAUGUGUGUGAAGAACAGCACCGGUGUGGAGAUCAAACGCAUCAUGUCCAAAGCCUUCAAGAGCCCGCUGUCGGCCCAGCAGCAGUCCCAGCUGCUGGCGGAGCUGGAAAAGGACCCAAAGCUGGUUUACCACAUCGGCCUGUCGCCCGCUAAGCUGCCUGACCUGGUGGAGAACAACCCUCUGGUGGCCAUCGAGAUGCUGCUGAAGCUGAUGCAGAGCAGCCAGAUCACCGAGUAUUUCUCAGUGCUGGUCAACAUGGACAUGUCGCUGCACUCCAUGGAGGUCGUCAACAGGCUGACCACAGCGGUAGAUUUGCCUCCAGAGUUCAUCCACCUCUACAUCUCCAACUGCAUCUCCACCUGUGAGCAGAUCAAAGACAAAUACAUGCAGAACCGUCUGGUCCGUCUGGUCUGCGUCUUCCUCCAGUCUCUGAUCCGGAACAAGAUCAUCAACGUCCAGGACCUGUUCAUCGAGGUCCAGGCCUUCUGCAUCGAGUUCAGCCGCAUCCGAGAAGCCGCCGGCCUCUUCCGCCUCCUGAAGACGCUGGACACCGGAGAGAACCCCGCCGAGGCCAAACCCGCCAAAUGAGCGUCGUCAUGGAGACGCAGCCAGUUUGUUCACCAGAAACUCUCCACACGGGGAGUAGAUCCUGUAAAUACGUGGCGGUCGGCUUCCUCAGACUCUCAGUCUUUGCCCGCCAUCCUCAGAACUUUGUCGGCAUUUUCUCCUUUGUCUCCUGGAUUUCUUUUUUCCCACCAGCGCUCUUCCCCUUUGGAAAUGAAACCUUCAGAGUUUUCUUUAAUUAAACCGGUUGUUUAAUUGAA